CUAUUAUUUGAUUUUUCAUACAAGCCUAUAUAUAUUAACUCCUCUAAAAGCAUUUUACUGUAAUUAGCUUCACUGGGAUAGACAUUGAAGAACUCUAAGCUUGUCUAUAACACUAUCCCUGAAGAAACAAGGGGUAAUAUUGGAAUAAAGAAAUAAAAAAAAAAGUUUUGAAGAAGUGGCAGAAAGGUUCUUAGAGGCACUCUCUUGUCCUGUGGUCCGCAACUACUACUACUACUACUGAUUGCAACUGUUCAUUAGUCACAAGCAAACACGGACACCACUUCAACCUUUCUUUCUUUUUUUCUUUAUUAGUAUUAAUAAUGCUGUUACAAGAGAAACAUCAACAACCCAUGUUUUUGUUCAAGGAAUUGGAAUUCAAUUUCAACUGAUCAACCAUUUUCUUUUAUCAUAAGAAAGAAUUGGAUGUUAAUGGGAAACUGAGAAAGGAUGCUAAUCCAGCUAUGGUUUGUACUGCCAAUGAUUUACAACAAUGGAAAGAUUUUCCCAAAGGACUCAAGGUUCUUCUCCUUGAGGGAGACAACGCUUCUGCCGCCGAGACAAGAGCAAAGCUUGAGGCCAUGGACUAUAAUGUUUCUACAUUCUGUGAUGAGAAUGAAGCCUUGUCAGUGAUUUCAAGUAGACCUGAAGGCUUUCAUAUAGCCAUAGUGGAGGUGAGUUCAAGCAGUUGCGAGGGAGGUUUCAAAUUUCUUGAGAAUGCCAAGGACUUGCCAACUAUUAUGACUUCAAACAACCACUGUUUGAACACCAUGAUGAAGUGCAUAGCGCUUGGGGCAGUUGAGUUCCUCAGCAAACCACUCUCUGAAGACAAGCUCAGAAAUAUCUGGCAGCAUGUCGUUCACAAGGCAUUCAAUGCUGGUGUAAGUGCCCAGUCUGAAUCGCUGAAACCUGUGAAGGAAUCUGUAGUCUCCAUCUUGCAGCUCCAAACCAACAAUGAACAACACGAAAGUAGAGCCUCAAUUGAGUUAGAGAAAGUAUCGAGGUUUGGUGACAAUGACCGUGAGCAUUAUCCCGCUCCUUCAACUCCGCAGUUGAAACAGGCGGAAAGAUUACUAGAUGACGGGGAUUGUCAAGAGCAGACUAAUUGCUCCACAGAAAAAGAAAGCGGGGAACAUGAUGGAGAAUCUAAAUUUAUUGAAACUACUUGUGAAAAUUUGAAUGCUGAAAGUACUCCUCGACAAACGAAAUCUGAAAUUACUCUGGUUCAUAAGGAAGAGGAUUUUACAGAUGCUUCUAAGUAUGAGAGUGUUGUUUUUCGACAUCCACAAAAUUUGAAGGUUCUCAAAAAUAGUGACAGUAAUACAACAUCUGCAAAUAAAGUCGGUGUUCGUAAUCAUAAAUGUGAGAUAAAAGCUAAUAGGAAGAAGAUGAAAGUAGAUUGGACGCCCGAGCUGCACAAAAAGUUUGUAAAGGCAGUGGAACAACUAGGCAUUGAUCACGCUAUUCCUUCUCGAAUAUUGGAUCUAAUGAAAGUGGAAGGCUUGACAAGGCAUAAUGUAGCAAGCCAUCUUCAGAAAUAUAGAAUGCAUAAAAGACAUAUCUUGCCGAAGCAAGAAGAUCGGAAAUGGCUAAAUCAAAGAGAUCCAAUGCAAAGGAGUUAUUGUCUUCAAAGGCCAAUUAUGCCAAGUCCACCAUAUUAUCCUAACCAUACUCUUCCAAUAGCUCCUUUAUAUUCAAUGUGGGGACAAUCUAGAAAUCAAACAGCUAGUAUGCAGGUGUGGGGUCAUUCUGGUUAUCCUUUGUGGCAGCCUACAGAAAGUUGGCACUGGAAAUCGUUUCCGGGGAUGCAUUCAGAUACAUGGGGCUGCCCGGUGCUACCGCCACCUCAACCUCCUAACUUUUCCUUCUCUCAUAAUAUACAUGUCUUGAGCAAUGCUAAUGCAGCAGAUUACAUGUUUGGCAUGCCUAGUUCCUUUGACCAUUAUCCGGCAGAGGAGGUUGUUGACAAGGUUGUGAAGGAGGUAAUAAGUAAGCCAUGGCUACCUUUGCCUAUAGGCCUCAAACCUCCUUCAACGGAUAGCGUGUUGGCCGAGAUAUCAAGACAAGGCAGUUCAACCAUCCCUCCAAGCAGCAAUGGUUCUAUUCCCAGUUGACAUGUAAAACAGAUGAGUAACCACAAAAAACUGAUUCUGAUGAUGGUGACAAACUUGUAUACAAAAAAAAGGGUCCACCAGAUCAUGACCCUGUUGUGAUAUUUUUUUUAGUUUCUCAAAUUUAUCAGGUUCCAUCUAGUAGAUUGACUGAGAAGAGUAAAGUUGGGACCAUUUCGCCGAAUUCGGAUUGCCAGCAAUUAGCAAUCACACUCAUAUUCAUACAGUCAGCACAUCAGUGGUUGUUGGGUCAAGAUCGAAUGGUUCAGAAUGCAGAUUUUUAUUUCUAUUUUUAAAACUAAAAUACGGAAUUUGAAAUCUCGAUCUAACGGUCACCAAUGUGCUGCUUGCUUGAAUGUGACCGGCCGAAUUCAAUUUUGUUUUGCCAUAUUUGGUCCCCCAUCACACCACCAACAACCACUUCAUACAAUAGCAUGUUGCAACAACCAAAUAGUAGACAAUGAUCCUAUCCAUCACCACAUGCCAAAACAAAGCAAAAAUAAAAAUAAAAUUGUUAAGUGGGGGACACCCAUUAGGCAAAUUGGCCGGUUGAGAAGUAGCCACACAUUUGUUGAAGUUCACUACAAAAAAUUGUGGAUGUAAAUAGAUGCUGAUAUGGUUGUAAAUGUGGUACUUUUAGGAAGCAUAAAAUAAAAGAGUGAUGAUAGGUAUGUUUUGUUUUUGUAUCUCUAAGAUGUGAGAAUCUAAUAAUGGAAAGGAUAAAGGAUAGGAACAAUGUUGUGAAUAAAGGUGAGUUCAAAGAACACCACCACGGAUGCUAACUUUUUGUUCUUAUUUUUCAAA